AUGUCGGGCAACACACAAUACGAUCCUUGGAGUCCUUACGUGAAUGCUCCGACACGAACAUCCUAUGUUCCUGCGACCCAGUACCUUCCCCAAGGCGCCCAAUUUCCGCGCCAGCCCCACGGAUCGAUGGACCUUGGGAUGGACUACUCAACACACCCUAAUCCACACCGGAGGACGGUUUCGGAUGCCUCAUCGUCCGAUGAAUCGUUGACAACAACGCCCCGUAUCCCAUCCCAGCCAACAGCUUAUGUAGCACUACUCCCCCACACUUACGACAAACCACCAACGGCUUUUCCUCCGCCUCCGCCUCCCAGAAGUAGCAGACGAAAUCCGUUUUCGAAGUCCUUUGAAGCACCCGAUUGGAGGCUCCUUGCUCUUCAUACCGUCCUAUGUUUGCUAGCGUUCCCAACGCUGCUGGUGUUCACAAUCAUCGCGCGUAACAGAACCCUGUUCUGGACUCGGUUCAUUGUCAGCAUCGGGUGUGGUUUAGUGGGUUUCUUCCUGGCCAUUAGUUUGAUUAACUUGGGGAAGGCAUUCCUUGAAGCAGCCACGUGGGCGACUUUGAUACAUCAAAGUCAGCUGGACGGGGCAUCUGGCAUAAAGCUAAGGGAUUUUGCCGCACUUUCGGACGAUUCUACUAGCGCAUGGUCGGCGUUACGAAUAUUGUGGGAUAGAACGAUGUAUACGGGCACAGCGCGUUCAAAGCGUAAACGCUACGAUAUUUGGACAUUAUUUAUUGUGUUCUUCCUGUUUCUGAUCACCGCCGCGGCUGCAUUGCCCUUCAUUCUGGGCCGUAUUGUUGACAUUACUACGAGGGUGGAGCACCAGCACCUUGAAUAUACUGAAGUACCUGUGAAGGGGGACUUGACCGACAACGAUAUUACUCAAGCUGCAGCGUUGCAACCUGCCUUCAAUAAUUUCAACCUCACUUGGACUCUUUCUGGGUUCGCAACGGAGGAUAACACUGCAUCGGCGGUUUCUUUUCCUUGGGAAGCUGACAACGACAACGUGUAUUUCGCUGAAGUGACUCGUUCGCAAUUGCGACCUAAUGGGCAUGGCCUAGGCACAUUCGACACGUCCCACACGCGCGACGAGAGCCAUACUUCUCCAGUCGAAAUUGGCACCGCAGACGCAUCUAAGCCUGUAGAUCCUGGACAGGUCUUGAGAUUUCCACGAUGGGGCAUACGAAUGCACUGUCGGAGAAUUCCAAACCCUACGCAGAACAUUAUCCCGGCUUCCACCCUUGGGCGAUCUUAUGUCUUUACGCCACGAGACACACUCCGUGAUCUGUUUUCCUCCUUCAAACUUGAUCUCCCUGAAAGGCUCAACAGUCCUGUAAACCUAACGGACGUUUUAAAGGGGGAUUCGCUCCCGGCUUCAAUUGAUACGGCGAACACAGCUCUGGGUGCCGUAUUCUUCGAUAAUGGCAUCUCUCACAGCUUCAAGAGUGAUCCAGUCUCCAUGGGUCGUGACGGAAAAGGGUUUACUUCCUUGGAAGUGCUGUUGGUGCGAGUCGACACGAGCUUUACACCCAAGGGUGUGUAUCCCGUCACAAGAACCGCCACAACCCCGCCCCAGACAAUCGGGUAUGACGGGGCCAUCUGCUUGGAGUUGUUUGAACCUUGGGUGCUGGAAACAUACAAUUCUACGGUUGGAUCCCCGACUUCGACACGAAUUGUUAGCAAGGGGAAUGAAAUCGCGAAUGUGGGCGCCGAGCUGAACACCGGUGCUCGUUUGAACGGCGUGAAGCGCCAACUUGUUUCUUCGAAUCUGAGCUCGGUCUACGAUGUGGCUCAUGGAAACUCCGUGAAUCAAUUGUUGAAGGACAACGGUCACGGCUCGCCCUACGCUCCUAACCCUACAGUGAUCAGCUACACAAAUGGCCAAGGACCAGAGGGCUACACAGAGCUCUCUGAAAAUUUCUUUGCGGACUCCCGCGCUCGAGCGGAUGCCACUCACAUACUGGCCUACCUGGCAGGAAACGGCGAUGUCGUCGCAAGGUCGUAUCCAGACCUCGUCCUCUCCAGCGCAUCAUUAAACUACAUGUACAUGGGGAUCUUCGUAGGCGCCACUCUUGUUUUAGGGUUGGCCGCAGGGCUGUUCGUUCCCAAGCUUCCCUUGGGCAUUCCGAGGCGAGGAUUUGAAGUCUACUCGUGGAUCGCAGCGUUCUACGGCGAUGACAUAGCAAAGGAGAUAAAGCAAGCUGGGGUGGACAAGCACAUGGAGUUGUCAGAGCUUGAAAAGAAGCUCGGCCAUCUCAAAUUCCAUUUUGCUGUUUGA